UAUGCCGUUCAUCUCCGGUUCAUGUUCAGUUCAGUUUUUCAGAACGUUUCACGUUCAGUUCGUGUUCGGUUUAUGUUCAUUUAAAAUGUUCAAACAUAAUGUGUAGACUUCGAAGGCAACACCAAAAAUAUGCUGAAUUGCUCACACGCACACACAAAAUACUUAUUUUUCAAUGUACACAGUUCGCAUGUGCAUUUGAAUGUGUUCGUCAAUUCGACUGACGCUUGAUAUUUUGCGCGUAUUGUGUUUAUUCUUUCUCCGCCAUCUUUGUUUUGUUAUAGCUGCCGACUGCGCUUGUUCCGAUUAAUUUAAUUUUUUAUCUUAAAACGGUGUGUUUAUAAAUAAUCGUAAUUGUAAAAUACGAAUAUUUUUUUGAAAAAUAAAAAUGAAAGUGAAACGACGCAUCACAAAUAAAAAAAGUGCAGCUAAAAGAAAAGUUGUGCGCAAAAGGUUAACUGUGCGAACAAAAAACGUGAAAAUAACGAGAAAAAGAAUUCGAAAAGUAAUUUCGUAUGCGAACCUCGAUGUGCUCACGAAAAGAGCUGAAAAAUGCGAAUUGUAUCGAAAGAUUCGCGUGAAUCAGGCCAUCACAAAGUAUAAACAAAUUUAUGAUAUUGACUCGGAAAUUACAAACGGAAAACUUGUUUUAGACGUAGAUUUUGAAACAAAAAACGAAUUGCUCUCUGUCGCAAGCACGAUUGUGAAACGAUUGAUGCCUCAUCAGGCAAAUGCCGUCAAAUUUAUGUUUGAUUGUUGCUUCGAAUCUAUCGCACAACUGAAUGUCGAUAGUGGCAGUGGUUGCAUAUUGGCCCACUGCAUGGGAACGGGAAAGACAUUUUCAGUGGUCGCUUUAUCGCACACCCUGAUCACCAAUCCACAAACAAAUGUCAAGAAAAUCCUGAUAAUUGGUCCACUUUCUGUCAUACUGAAUUGGAAAUUUGAAUUCAAGGAAUGGGUUUUAGAGGAUCCAAAUGUUGAGGAUAUCAACAUUUACGAACUAACCAGGUUAAAGAAAAUUGAAGAAAAGAUAGAGUUAUUAUUAAAAUGGCACAGCGAAGGUGGUGUCAUGAUUUUGGGCUAUGAUAUGUACCGAAGAUUAGUGCAUAAAAUAAUUCAUAAUGACAGACUUUCAAUGCAACAAACAAGUGUCAAGGAAUGUCUCAUAAAUCCCGGGCCCGAUUUGGUUAUAUGCGACGAAGGACAUCUGCUGAAAAACGGCAGAAGCCAACUAAACGACGCACUAUCGAAUAUUCAAACACGGCGUCGAAUAAUUUUAACUGGUACGCCGCUCCAGAACAAUCUUAUGGAGUAUUACUGGAUGGUGAAUUUCGUAAAGCCACACUUGCUCGGAAAUAUCAAAGAAUUUCGGAACCAGUACGUAAAUCCAAUUAAUAAUGGCCAAUAUGCGGACUCGACCAGAGCCGAUAUUGAUUUUAUGAAUCGCCGAGCAUACGUAUUAAAUAAACAGCUUAGUGGCUGUAUUCAUCGAGCCAAUUUGUCAGUGCUCCAAAAUGUCCUUCCACCGAAAGAAGAAUAUGUGAUAAAAGUGCGUCUUACAGAUUUGCAGAAACGUUUAUACAAGCACUACAUAGAAGAAUUAAGUGUCAAAAAGAAGUCAAGUUCAAAGUCCGAAAAAACAUCGACAUUAUUUCAAGACUUUCAUUGGUUGUCAGGAAUUUGUGCGCACCCUUGGGUUUUGCAGUCCAAAAGUGAGAUCGAAGCAGAUUCCGACAGUGAACAGAGCGAAGAUGAAAUGAUCGACACUGAAGAGAGCGAUUCGGAAGGGAGUGAUAUUUAUGAGCCAAAAAAAAACCCACCUACAGCACCUUCAGUUGAUUGGUGGUCACAAUUUUGCACUAGCGACGAUUUGGAAAAUAUGCAUACAUCGAGCAAGCUCCCCAUCCUAUUUUCCAUAAUAGCCGAGUGUGGUUCAAAUGGUGAAAAACUUUUAGUAUUUUCUCAAUCAUUGUUAUCACUGAAAUUGAUUGAGAAACAUCUAAAGAGCUUUAAUUGGAUACGCGACAAAGAUUACUUUUAUUUCGAUGGAAAGACCAAUAUACAGGAACGAAAACUAAAUUGCGACAUUUUCAAUGAUAAAAAUGAGAAACGAGCAAGACUAUUUCUUAUUUCAACUCGUGCGGGUGGUUUGGGGAUCAAUUUGACGGGUGCAAGUCGGGCUGUACUAUUUGAUGCUUCUUGGAAUCCAUCAAAUGACACUCAAAGUGUAUUCCGCAUAUAUCGAAUACACCAAAGAAAACCAUGCUAUAUUUAUCGAUUAAUCGCUCUCGGAACAAUGGAAGAACUCAUAUAUAAAAGACAAGUUACAAAGUUAUCACUCUCGAAGCGUAUUAUCGAUGCAAAACAGACUGAUCGGCACUUUGAAGAGAACGAUUUGGCAAGAUUGUAUAGCACGGAAGGCAUUGAUCCAAAGGAAGAUCCUCCGGAAUACGAUCAAUCAAAAGAUGAUCUGCUAUGUGCUAUUUUACAAAUACAUUCUGAUGUCAUCCACAACUUCCAUAUCCACGAUUCCCUUCUUGAAGAAAAAAACGAAAACCUGACAUAUGAAGACAAAAGGAACGCAUGGAAGGAAUUCUCCGCACAACGAGAUGCGGAAAAGAACAAAAUGUUAAGAGGCUCCAUGAAAUUCCUCUCCAUUUUGAAUGAUUCGAAGCCAGUUGAAGUCGAAGAGAGGAGUAUUUAUGGAUUCACAACAUCACAAUUACACGAACUGCUCAGCUACAAACUGGGAGAUGGGGUGCUUGAAAAGAUGCCAAGUGCACUCGCCCAACUACAUCGUCAAAUGGCGGAAGGAAAUACGGAGCUGUAUGACCAACUGGUUGAAAUAGAUAAUUUAUUUAAAUAAAAAAGAAAUCUAGCAAAUCUUUUGUACCUUAAUAUUAAGAAAAAUGUAGACCAAAACCAAAUUAAAUAAAAAUAAAGAAGCCAUCUCUUGGCAAAUCUCUUGGCAAAUCUCUUGGCAAAUCUCUUGGCAAAUCUCUUGGCAAAUCUCUUGGCAAAUCUAUUGGCAUUUCUAUUGACCAUUUUUUUCUAUUAUGUUUGAGAUAAGCCAAGAGAUUUGCCAAUAGAUUUGCCAAGAGAAACACCAAAAGAUUUGCUAAGAGAUUGGUUUCUUUGGCCUCUCUAUUUUUAUUAUUAUUGUUGAAAAAAUGACGAAGAUGUAUAUGUUUUAUUAAAAGAAAUGAAUAAAAAUGCUGAAUUCUUUAUUUUAAUGGUA